AUCAGAGGGCUCCUCACCGGGAUUGAGGCGGGAACUGUUACAAUGGCCCAAUCGCAGUCUAUGUUUUGAUUUUUAGGGGCGUGUCCCAGAGCAUCCAGCCAAUAGGAGUGAGAGAAACGGUCGGACUCAGAAAUUUCAGGUUAAGCCAGUAUCUUCGCGACAGCAGCAAAAACUUAUAUAACGAGAGGGCAAUAAGUUCGGUAACGGCCUACACCACGUAAAUAACGGGAACUCCAAAAGAACGGAACUUCCACUGCAAAAACAAACAACCCACCCUCACAGGAGCCGCCUAUGCAGCCUCCAGACACCAGGAGGCGCUCGUUUCUCUUUGACCCAAAGCGGCUUCCGGCACACCGCCGGAAGUGGCGGCGCGCCGCUCCCCGCAAUCGGGAGCGCCAUGGAGACGUGGGUGCGCUUCAGCGCGCAGAGCCAGGCCAAGGAGCGGCUCUUCAGGGCCGCGCAGUACGCGUGCACGUUGGCCGGGGACGCGCUGCGGAGGAACGGGGCGAGCCCCGCACUGCUGAGCAGCGUGAGGCGGCUGGAAGCGCACCUCAGCCUGGGCCGGAAGCUGCUGCGUCUCGGCAGCUCGGCCGACGCUCUGGAGGCGGCGAAGAGAGCGAUCCACCUGUCCGACAUGGUGCUGCGCUUCUGCCUCACCCUCAGCCACCUCAACAGGGCCAUGUACUUUGCCUGCGACAACGUCCUGUGGGCGGGGAAGGCGGGGCUGGUGCCCGGCGUGGACCAGGAAAAGUGGGGGCAGAGAUCCUUCAGGUGAGGGGGGAGGGGAGGCGGCCGGCUGAGCAGCGCUGAACGGGUGGCAGCAGGGACAGGGAGGAGAUUGUCCCUGUCAGCUCUGCCCUUGUGAGGCCCCGUCUGCAGCACUGCGUCC